AUGUUAAAAGAAUAUUUAGUCACAGCCCAGGAUGAUUUAGAGGCGAAGAAAGAAAUCUAUAAUGUUAAAGAACAGAGAUUAGUGUUAGCUCAGGAUGAAUAUAGUCAUUUAUAUAAUACUUUAUCAGGAUGGAAAUCUAGUCGUACUAGCUUGAAUUCCAAUUCAAGUGUGGGAAGUACCAAGUAUGAUCCUGAUUUAUUGAAAGCAGACGUGACCCACGCCAAGGACAGAGUCGCCAGAUUAAAAUGGGAGCUGCAACAAAUUUCUGCCGAAAUGCAACAACAGGAACGUGGUGUGGAAAAACUGACAAGGGUAGAUGAGAAGCUGUCUGGAAUGAAUGGAGGCUACAGUGUAACUCAGGCCCAGGGAAUUUUAACAAAAAUACGACAAAUUCAGAUGGCCAUGUCUUCUAGUGAAAAAGAAAAGAUGGAACUUAUGCAGACCCUUGCCAGAUUAAAAGAAGAAUUUUUAUUAAGUCGUUAUGGUGGUUCGUCUCCUGAUGUCUCAACCCUGUCUUUAAAUCAAGAUCGUUCCACGACGGCAUCACAGACAGAUUUACGUGGAGAGUUUGGUUUGUCUCAAAGUCGUUAUAUCGUAGAAAAGGCCAGAUUACGUCUGCAAUGUGAUGAGGCAUAUCAAAAACUGAGUGAUUUGAAGAAGAAGCUAGCCACAGUGGAGGAUAAAAUGAUCCCUGGACAAACCGAGUCAGAUAAGGAUAGAUUGUUAUUGUUACAAGAGAAAGAUCAGUUGGUUCGAGAGCUGAGAAGUAUUGAUCCUAAGGGAAGGUCCGAGGAUGAAAUGACGUCCAUUCGACAGAGAAUUCGUCAGCUAGAACAAGAUCUUCAAACUGGAAUGGAACUCUCCAAUAAACAAAUUGCUGAAAGAUUAAAACUACAAAAUGAAAAGACGUCCAUUCAACAACAACUUUCUGAAACAACCAAAUUAACAUCACAGCUAGAGAUGCAGUUGAAGAGGUGGGUUAGAUUGAUAUCUUCUUGA